UGCGAUCUAACGAUUAGUAAUUUCGUAGUCAGCGCCAGCGAUUGAUCAUCGAUUCUUGGCACCAUGAAGUAUACUGUGUCGUCGGUUGUACUUUCGGUCUUCGGCUUCGUCUGUAUCAGCCAGCAAAUACAGGCCGCCAGGAUCUUAGCCAUUGUCCCGACGCCGUCUUACAGCCAUCAGAUUCCCUACCGAAAAUUAUGGCUCGAGUUGCACGAACGCGGCCACGAGAUAGUGCUCGUCACAACGAAUCCGAUCCCGAAUAUGGACUCGAAGAGGUUCCAACAAAUCGACGUUAGCGACACGUACAAGGAAAUGGACAACAUCGAUUUUAUGAAGUUACGUUUCGGAAAGUUCGAUUGGCUUGCGUUCGUCGAGAAGUAUCUGUAUAACAAAGCAUACAAUUUCGCGGAAAACGUGCUGAACCACACGGAUAUGAAGCCGAUCUACGCACCCAACAGCAACCAAAAAUUCGAUGUUGUAUUGGCCGAAAUGCUCGCGAUGCCUGCCAUCUACGCCUUCGCCUAUAGGUUCGACGCACCCUUGAUAGGGUUGAGCUCAAUGAGAAUUCUUACAUUGAAUGAACACGCACUCGGUGGUGUGAUAUUGCCAUCGCACGAGAACUGGGAAGUGGAGCCGAACGUGGGGACGAAUCAGCCAUUUUAUAGAAGACUGCAAAAUUUUCUAAAGCUCUCACGGUUGUUGUAUAUUACCUACCGUGAUCUCUUCCCACGUCAGCAGAAAUUAGCGGAAGAAUACUUCGGUCCCUUGCCUCCGUUGCUCGACAUACUAAAGAACACUAGUGUUGUAUUUGUCAACCAAGCCGAUGCCAUAUCACCAGCCAGACCAAAGCUUGCGAACAUGAUUACCUUCACGUCUUUCCACGUCGAGAAGACCUCGACUCCUUUGCCCGCGAAUCUGAAACGCUUUCUGGAUAACGCAACCGAAGGAUUUAUCUACAUCAGUCUGGGAAGCAAUGCUAGGAGCUCGAGCAUGCCUACAGAUACCCUACAGAUUUUCCUUGAUGUAUUUUCCAGACUGCCCUAUAAAGUUGUGUGGAAGUUCGAGGGGGACAUGGCCAACAAGCCCGAUAACGUCUUUACUGGAAAAUGGCUACCGCAACAGAGCAUUCUUGCGCACCCAAAUAUUAAGCUGUUCAUCUAUCAAGGAGGUGUGCAAAGUACUGAGGAGGCGGUACACUUUUCGGUACCUCUAUUAGGAUUACCGAUAUUAGCGGAUCAAGACUACCAAGUGCUCAGGAUGGAAGCCCUCGGUGUCGCAAAAUGCAUGGACAUUGUAACUGUUACGAGAGAAGAAUUGGUAGCUGCUAUUCGAGAAAUCAUAACUAAUAAAGAGUACAAGGAAAAGAUAAUCGCACUAAAAGAGCUCGUGAACGAUACACCAUACAAUCUGGCGGAGUAUCUAGCAUGGUGGGUUGAGUACGUGAUUCGCAAUAAAGGCACCCCCCAUCUUCGUUCAAACGCGGUCCAUCAACCUUGGUACCAGCGUUGCGACGUAGACAUCGUGGUAUUCUUAACGAUCAUGUCCGUUUUAAUCAUUUCAAACAUAACUAGCAUCGUCGUAAAAUUGGUAGUGCGGUCGUACAAUUAUUAUCAUAGGAUACCUGCACCCAGCAAACAAAAAAUUAGAUACUACAAUGAUCUCUUAACGUCGUAUUUAGAAGACUAUCUUCAUGACCAAGGGUCCUAUAAAUUAUUGAAUAACACGAAUGAAGAGAACAUAUUUUUCUCUUUUUUUUUGUCGACGUCUUUUCGUACCGGUUGCAAAAAAUUUGCAAACUCGAAAACGCGGCGGCAAAACUGCCGUAAACCGGUCUAUAGCUCGACGUACAAAACCACGGAAACGUGCGAUCCAACAAGUAGUAGUCCCGUGACAACUGCCACUAUGAAGUUCACUCUAUCGAUCAUGUAUUCGGUCUUCGGCUUGCUCUGUAUCGGUCAGCAAGUAGAGCCCGCCAGGAUUUUAGUGGUUAUCCCAAUGCCAUCUUACAGUCAUCAGAUUCCAUAUCGAAGACUAUGGCUCGAGUUGCACGAACGCGGCCACGAAAUAGUGCUCGUCACAUCGGAUCCGAUCCCAAACAUGGACUCGAAGACAUUCCAACAGAUCGAUAUCAGCAAAUCGUAUAAGAAAAUAAGGGAAAUCGACUUUAUGCAGCUUCGAUUCGACAAGGUCGAUUUCUUUGAGUUACUCGAGAGGCAUCUACUGGAUUUAGCCGAUUUCUUCUUAGAAAACGUACUGAAACAUACGGAUAUGAAAUCGAUCUACGCACCCAAUAGUAAUCAAAAGUUCGACGUUGUGAUGAUAGAAAUGCAAGUGGUAGCUCCCUACGUCUUCGCUCACAGGUUCAACGCGCCCGUAAUAGGAUUAAUCUCCACCAGAAUAUUCUCAUUAUAUGAACUCGCACUCGGUGGUCUAAUGUUGCCGUCGCACGAGUCCACUUGGGAAAUGGAGGCGAAUGUAGGGACGAAUCAGCCAUUUUGGAGGAGACUACGAAAUUUUCUUAAAUUAUGGUGGAACUUGUAUAUUGUCUACCAUAAUCUAAUCCCGCGUCAGCAGAAAUUAGCGGAAAAAUACUUUGGACCUCUGCCUCCGUUGAUCGACAUACUGAAGAACACUAGUGUUGUGUUUGUCAAUCAAGCCGAUACCUUAACGCCAGCCAAACCAAAGCCUGCGAACAUGAUUACCUUCACGUCUUUCCACGUUGAGAAGAACCCGUCUCCUUUGCCCGCGGAUCUACAACGCUUUGUGGAUAACGCGGCCGAAGGAUUCAUCUACUUCAGUCUGGGUAGCAACGUUAUGAGCUCCAGCAUGCCUAAAGAGACCCUACAGAUUUUCCUUGACGUAUUUUCCAAACUGCCUUAUAAAGUUGUGUGGAAGUUCGAAAAGGAUAUGCCCAACAAGCCCGAUAACAUCUAUACUGGAAAAUGGCUUCCUCAGCAGAGCAUUCUUGCGCAUCCCAAUCUUAAGCUGUUCAUUUACCAAGGAGGUAUGCAAAGUACUGAAGAGGCAGUACAAUUUUCGGUACCGCUACUGGGAUUUCCGAUAUUUGGGGAUCAAGACUCGCAAGUGCUCAAGAUGCAGGACCUUGGUGUCGCAAAAUACAUGGAUAUCGUAACUAUCACGAGAGAAGAAUUGGAUGCUGCCAUUCAAGAGAUAAUAAUUAAUAAAGAGUACAAGGAAAAGAUAAUCGCACUAAAACAGCUCGUGAACGAUACCCCGUAUGAUAUGGUGGAGUACCUAGCAUGGUGGGUUGAGUACGUGAUUCGCAAUAAAGGCAUCCCCCAUCUUCGUUCAACCUUGGCUCAUCAACCAUGGUACCAGUAUUGCGACAUGGACAUCGUGGUAUUCCUAACGAUUGUGUUCGUUUUAAUCAUUUUAAUCAUAACUGGCAUCAUCGUGAAAUUGUUCCUGCGUUCGUACCAUUAUUACCAUAGGAUAUCUCCAUCCAGCAAACAAAAAAUUAAAUAACUAAAAAUCGGUGAAAUAGAGUAAGUUAUAAAUAUGGAUGAACUACGAACAGCAUUCUACUAUAAAUAUAGAUUGAUUGUAUUUUCUAUGCGAUUUAUGACAAAUUAGACUGAUCGAUUCACUGGUUCUUGAGAAAGAACUACGAUGAUACGUAAUUGAUAAGCAGUAGUCAAUUCAUGAACAAGAGAGGUGAAAGGUUCUAAGAACUGAAAUAUAAAUCAUUUGGAAUUCGCUAAUAAAAAGUCGCAUAAAAUUA